AUGGCGAUGAAGGAUGCUCGGCGGCCUAUCAUCUUCGUAUCUCACGAUAUUGGAGGCCUGGUUGUGAAGGCGCCAUUGAUUUUAGCUCAUUAUGAAGAGAGAAAACAUAGUGAUCUUUUGAGAUCGGCUCGUACCCUGUCCUGUUUCCUAGGUGUUCUUUAUCCUCACAGACCGCUCAGCGACAACGAUCUAGAAGUGCGACUAUUUAGAUUGCUCGCCCUCCGGCCAGGAUCAUCUGAACCGGGUUAUAGUGCCCCGCUGGUCAAGUCUCUACGUAAGACAAUCAUCGAGCUCAACGAGGCUUUCAUCUAUAAGCAGAUGCUGACCCAAACAAUCCUGAUGAAAGUCUACUCCGAACACGCAGAAACAUCUCAGAGCGUCUUCCGCGAAUUCACCUGUCUGUUUGGCGUCGACGGUGAACUUCGAGAACCUUUCGACCGACCCCAUUUGGAAUUUCCAGUUGGAACCAGUACCAACCACCCACUACAGGACACGACGGAUAGCGACUGGCUGGGUCAGACUCCGCCUACGUACCCGAUACUGCAUACCGGAUACUUUGUGGACGGAUCUGAAGAAAUAGAAAACUUGAUAAAGCCUACUGUAUGGAAUCAUAUUCUCUAUGUUAUAUGUGCGAGUCGCGCCGACCUCAUUUCUCAAGAAUGCUUCAAUACAAUCGACAAAACCAGAGACUUGUGGCAAUUCCAGUUUUACUUCGACUUCGAUUCCUACGACGCUUGA